CCAGCCAUGUCCGAGAGCUCAGAGCCGCAGACAAACACCAUACCCAGCAGGCAGCGAUGUCCGCAGGCCAAGGGGCUGGAGAGCUUGGCAAAUCUGGUGUCUACUGUGGAGGAAACCCCUGAUCCCAUUCCCACCACCAUCAAGGGAACCAUUCCAAGCUGGAUCAAUGGGAGCUUCCUGAGAAACGGCCCAGGGAAAUUUGAAUUUGGGGAAGACAGAUACACCCACUGGUUCGACGGCAUGGCCAUGAUGCACCGGUUCCACAUCUGUGAGGGCAAUGUCACUUACAGCAGUCGCUUCCUGAGAAGUGACUCAUACGUUCAGAACUCGGAGAAAAACCGCAUCGUGGUUUCGGAGUUCGGGACAUUCGCUUCGCCUGAUCCCUGCAAGAACAUCUUUGAACGCUUCUUUUCACGCUUUCAGAUUCCCAAGGCCACAGAUAAUGCCGCGGUGAACUUUGUGAAGUACAAAGGGGACUAUUAUGUCAGUACAGAGACCAACUACAUGAGGAGAGUCGAUCCACAAAGCCUGGAGACGAAGGAGAAGGUGGACUGGACCCAGUAUGUGGCUGUCAACUCAGCCACGGCCCACCCACACUAUGACCGUGAAGGCGCCACAUACAACAUGGGCAAUUCCUACGGCAGGGACGGUUCUUUCUACAACAUAAUCCGCGUUCCUCCGCCAGAAGAGAAGGAAGGAGAGGACUCAGCAGAGCUAAAUGGAGCCGAGGUGAUCUGCUCCAUUCCUGCAACUGAACCCAGGAAGCCGUCCUAUUAUCACAGCUUUGUGAUGUCGGAGAACUACAUUGUGUUCGUGGAGCAGCCGAUCAAGCUGGACCUGAUUAGGUUCUUGCUGUACAGAAUCAUGGGAAAGAGCUUUAACCAAAUCAUGGUCUGGGAUCCACAAUGUGACACAAUCUUCCACCUGGUCAACAGACACACUGGUAAGGAGAGUCAAGUGCGGUACUAUGCCGGACCCAUGUUCACGCUGCAUCAGAUCAAUGCUUUUGAGGACAAUGGUUUCCUGAUCAUGGACAUGUGCUGUGGGGACGACGGCGAGUUUAUUGGAGAUUUCACUCUGGAGAAUCUCCGAAGUGAGACGGGAGAGAAAAUGGACAAGUUUUACAACUCACUGUGCAGAACCCUCCCAAGGAGAUAUGUUCUCCCUCUGACUGUGGAUGAGGACACGCCGCUGGACCAAAAUCUCGUCACGCUGCCAAACUGCACGGCCACGGCGAAGCAGACCAAACCCGGAGAGGUGUUCAUGACCCACGAGGAGCUCCACAGCGACGAGCUGCUGCAGUACGGCGGUCUGGAGUUUCCUCACAUCAACUACGACAAGUACAACGGCCGGCCGUACCGCUACUUCUACUCCUGCGGUUUCGGUCACGUCUUCAGCGACUCCCUGCUCAAGAUGGACGUCCACACCAAGGAGCUUAAGGUGUGGCGUUAUCCCGGCUUGUACCCGUCUGAGCCUGUCUUUGUUGCUUCGCCCAAAGCUACAGAGGAAGAUGAUGGAGUGGUGUUGUCAGUCAUCAUCACACCCAGAGAAGAUAAAAGCACCUUCCUCCUUGUUCUGGAUGCCAAGACCUUCACUGAGCUGGGCAGAGCAGAGGUGCCUGUCAAUAUCCCGUACGGAUUCCACGGUGUGUUUAAUGAGAUGGGCUAGAUGUGCC